AUGGAUGAUCUACAACUUCGUGAUGAGGCUGUCAAGGACAGAGUUCGCGCUGCGACCGAGUUUCUUGAUCCAACUGAUAGAAAUGCCGCUCGAAGCUACCGAUCAGAGAUUAUAUUGAUGCUGCAAAAAUUUCAGAGACGACUUGUUGUCAGUAUAGAUGAAGUACGAGCCCAUAAUGUUGAACUUGCGGAAGGUCUUCUGCAGCAGCCCUUCGAGUACGUCCAGGCUUUCGACAGAGCGCUUCACGAUGUUGUCAAAGUCCUCCCAAAUACAACCAAAAAGCAGGAAUCGGAGGAUACAAUGUACUACUGUGCUUUUUCGGGAAGUUUUGGACAAUACGCUUGCAAUCCGAGAACACUAUCUUCUACACAUCUCAACCACAUGGUGUCCCUCGAGGGUAUUGUCACAAGAUGUUCUUUAGUUCGCCCAAAAGUCGUAAAGAGCGUCCACUAUAACGAGAAGAAGAAAAUUUUCCACUUCCGAGAAUACAAAGAUCAGACAAUGAGCGCGAAUGGUGCUGCGACAUCUAGCGUUUAUCCCCAGGAAGAUGAGGAAGGCAACCCCCUGAUUACAGAAUACGGAUACUGCACAUAUAGAGAUCACCAAACGAUAUCCAUCCAGGAAAUGCCUGAAAGAGCUCCCGCUGGUCAAUUACCGAGAGGAGUGGAUGUUAUAUUAGAUGAUGAUCUGGUGGACAAAUGCAAGCCUGGUGAUAGGGUACAGCUCGUUGGAAUUUAUCGAUCCUUGGGAAACAGAAAUGCUGGUCAUAACACUGCCUUGUUCAAAACGACGAUAUUGGCCAAUAAUAUAGUCAUGUUGUCGUCUAAAUCAGGUGGUGGUAUUGCCGCUGCGACUAUCACCGACACAGAUAUUCGCAAUAUUAAUAAGGUGGCUAAGAAGAAGAACCUCUUUGAUCUUCUUUCUCAGUCACUAGCGCCCAGUAUCUAUGGUCACGAAUUUAUCAAAAAAGCGAUUCUUUUGAUGCUUCUAGGUGGAAUGGAAAAGAACUUGGAAAACGGCACACAUUUAAGGGGUGAUAUUAAUGUUUUGAUGGUCGGUGAUCCUUCUACAGCAAAAUCGCAAAUCCUUCGAUUCGUCCUCAAUACCGCUCCUUUAGCGAUUGCCACGACUGGUCGUGGUUCUUCUGGUGUUGGUUUGACGGCAGCUGUUACGUCAGAUAAAGAAACUGGGGAACGAAGACUUGAAGCUGGUGCCAUGGUUCUGGCUGAUCGCGGUGUGGUAUGUAUUGAUGAGUUUGAUAAGAUGUCUGAUAUUGAUCGAGUGGCCAUCCACGAAGUCAUGGAACAACAAACUGUCACAAUCGCGAAAGCUGGAAUACACACAUCCUUGAAUGCACGAUGUAGUGUUGUGGCAGCGGCGAAUCCCAUAUUCGGACAAUACGAUACUCACAAGGAUCCUCAUAAAAAUAUCGCACUUCCUGAUUCUCUUCUUUCUCGUUUCGAUUUACUCUUCAUUGUCACAGAUGACAUUGAUGAUACUCGGGAUCGUCAAAUUUCGGAGCACGUUCUUCGAAUGCAUCGAUACAGACAGGCGGGAACCGAAGAGGGUGCCCCAGUUCGAGAACAAUCUCAACAAACUCUAGGCGUAGGAGUUGAUCAAGAAAUCGACGCAAACCGACCAACCGAAGUCUACGAAAAAUACAACCAAAUGCUCCACGCCGGUGUCACCCUAACCAGCGGCCGCGGCUCCAACAAAAAGGUCGAAGUCCUCAGCAUCCCCUUCAUUAAGAAAUACGUCCAAUACGCCAAAUCCCGAAUCAAGCCGGUCCUGACACAAGAAGCAUCUGACCGUAUCAGCGAAAUCUACGUCGGCCUCCGCAACGACGACAUGGCCGGCAACCAACGAAAAACCAAUGCCAUGACGGUCCGAACCCUCGAAACCAUCAUCCGUCUCUCCACCGCGCACGCCAAAUCCCGUCUCUCGAAUCGUGUCGAGGAGCGCGAUGCUAUAGCCGCGGAAACCAUUCUGCGAUUCGCACUGUUUAAGGAGGUAGUUGAGGAUGAGAAGAGGGGGAAGAGACGCAAGACCAGACCGUUGGAAGAUGAGAGUAGUAGUAGUGAGAGCGAUGAUAGUGAUUCACCGCCUCCUGCGCCCAGUACCUCGCGCACGCCUGGCACGGCGAGAACGAGAGGCCUGGCCGUACCAAAGGGCAAGGAACGCGCGAAAACCCCCGUGGACGAGGACGAUGAUGAGGAUCUCUACGACGCCACCCCCCAACGAACACGCACCUCCAACCGUCAAGCCUCCUCUCAACCCUCCUUCGCAUCCUCAAUGCCUGCCUCUCAACUCCCCAUCCUCCUCCCAAUCCCCAAGAAGAUUCCUCCCUUGCCGCCUCCACCGCAGCACUAA